AUGGCCUCCAACUUUAACGAUAUAGUCAAGCAGGGCUACGUAAAAAUCCGCAGCAGGAAGCUGGGGAUUUUUAGGCGUUGUUGGUUGGUUUUCAAGAAGGCUUCCAGUAAAGGACCCAGGAGGCUAGAAAAAUUUCCAGAUGAAAAGGCAGCAUAUUUCAGAAACUUUCACAAGGUAACUGAGCUGCACAAUAUCAAAAACAUAACCAGAUUGCCUCGAGAGACAAAGAAGCAUGCAGUGGCAAUUAUCUUUCAUGAUGAGACAUCAAAGACAUUUGCGUGUGAGUCAGAGCUUGAGGCAGAGGAAUGGUGCAAACAUCUUUGCAUGGAAUGCCUAGGGGCCAGGCUCAAUGAUAUAAGUCUUGGGGAACCAGAUUUGCUUGCUGCUGGAGUCCAGAGAGAACAAAAUGAACGAUUCAAUGUAUACCUUAUGCCUACACCAAAUUUAGAUAUCUAUGGGGAAUGUACAAUGCAGAUCACACAUGAAAACAUCUAUCUCUGGGACAUCCACAAUGCCAAGGUCAAGCUGGUCAUGUGGCCUCUGAGCUCUCUGAGGAGAUAUGGACGGGACUCAACGUGGUUUACAUUUGAGUCUGGAAGGAUGUGUGACACAGGAGAAGGGUUGUUCACCUUUCAAACACGAGAAGGAGAAAUGAUAUAUCAGAAAGUCCAUUCUGCAACACUGGCAAUAGCUGAGCAACAUGAAAGAUUAAUGAUGGAAAUGGAGCAGAAGGCAAGGCUCCAGACCAGUCUGUCUGAACCAAUGACUUUAUCCAAGUCGAUCUCACUUCCUCGUAGUGCAUAUUGGCAUCACAUCACCCGGCAGAACAGCGUUGGAGAAAUCUACAGUUUACAAGGCAAGUUGCUUAUAAUUCCAUAUCCAUUAACUUCUUUCCAUUUCACCAGAAUACAUGCAAAUUGCUCUUUAUUUGCACUGGUUAUUUUCUCUCCAUUUCAUUUUAUCAAUUGUCAGGAACCUCAGCAGGAUUCCCAAAUUUACAUAAAACAGGUUUCUUUUAGUCAUUUUGUAAACUAAUGGUGAAAAUUAUUUCCAGAAUCACCACAUAAAGCUGAAUAGACAAUUUGGCUCAAUGCAGCUUCUCAGUAGCUAAUGAACGUCAGGUUGUUUUAGUAUUUUCUACCAAUAAGAUGGGGCAAGUAUUUGGGCAACCUCAGGGUGCCUAAUUAAAUCUACAUAAAAUGACUAUAUGAGUUGCAAGAUUAAAACAAAGUAAUUCUAGGAAGAGAGCUAUUCUUGGUAAAUUUGCUUGGCAAAUCAUAUAUGUGAACUGUUGACUCAACUGACUUACAGGCCUUCAACAAAUCAUCUUCUUCUGUCUGUGGUUUUCUUUCAUAUGUUUAGAUUUACUUAAGCCUUUGAGUGCUAUAAUUAGCAUAAUUUGAUGAUGAUGAUUCACUGCUCUUAAGCUGAAAUUGAUUUGUAUCUUUUAGGAAACUGAAAAUAUUGUUACAUUUAGAACUCAGAACUUUUAAAUACGGCCUUUUGUAAACAUAUCGCUUUGUAUUGUUUCUAAAGGCCUUAAGGAUUUUGUUUUGCUUCUCUCUUAAUAAUCUGUAUGCAUAAACAAUU